AUGGCGGAAGAGGGACAAGUUGUCGGUUGCCACAGUGUGGAAUCGUGGAAGGAGCAAUUCCAGCAUGGAAUAGAGUCCAAGAAACUGGUGGUGGUGGAUUUCACUGCUUCAUGGUGUGGGCCAUGUCGUGUCAUUAGCCCAUUUCUGGCAGAGCUUGCCAAGAAGAUGCCUAAUGUCAUAUUUCUCAAGGUGGAUGUGGAUGAAUUGGAGACUGUUGCUAAGGAGUGGGAAGUGGAGGCCAUGCCAACCUUUCUGUUCCUGAAAGAAGGAAACGUAGUGGACAAGGUUGUGGGUGCAAAAAGAGAAGAACUGGUGCAGAAGACAGAGAAGCAUGCAACUGCUUGA